UGGUGUUCGACUUCUUGAAGGCCAGAAAUGGCUCUAUUCUUGACUCCUUGGGCAAGUUAUCGAGGCAAAAUGAUAUUUUUUCUUCCUUAUACGGCGUAUUUACGUCAGGAUUUUUUAAAAUAAGAACUAAAAAUUCUAUUGUUAUCGAAAGGUACGGAUGGCGGGCUAAAUUUCUCGUUUUGAUGAUGGCAGUAAAAUGGCGAUCGAAGCUAAAAUCGAGAUGCUAUUUGGUGGAUGUCAAACUUAAUUCCAAGGAAAAGGUUGCGAGAUUCCAGAAGAAUUUUAAGACCUCUCUCGAAUAACUAGGAUGUCCACGACUUCCUCUAGCGGUGAAACGAUUGAAAUUACAGAUGACAACUUUGUAAGUAAACUUUAUACAUGUAAGCUUAGGAACAUGUUUAUUAAAUGCAUAAAUUGCUUAAAUUGGAGAACAUAGCCUAUUUCUCCAAGGAAAAACGUAGAGUCAGUUGAGUUAUUGCAUUGUCAACGACAAUUUGAUGGGAAAUCCCCUUGUAUGUAAUACCUUAACAUAGAAGUGUAUUUAAGACACGUUUUGAAAUAGGUCUGAUAGAUAAAACACAGAGGAAGCGCCUGCCCAGUCCUUGUUGAUCAAGUUAAAAUGCGAUUAAUACAGCCAAGUAGCAAUAUGCAGCAGUUACAUUUCCUCAAUGCUGCCUUGCAAUGACGUGAUGGAUUUUACUCAUUUUAAAACUGUCUGACUUUGCUACCUGUUUGCUGCCGCAGUGGUUUAUUAGUUUGCUGUCAAAGCAACAAACAUGUAGACGGAAUCCGCCAGGACACUGAGUAAUUUUGAUUUUCAGUGGACAAAAAUCUUGAACCAGAAUAAUUAACAGCAUAUUGCAUUCUUUCUUACAUUUUUCAAGGGCUAAAGAUGUAAUGAAUCAUCUGUAGUAACACCAAAAAAAAAUUCUGAUGGGAGCCCGAGAAAACGAAUGUCAAAUUUCACAAAAUUACAUCUUACACAUGAAAAUUUUAAAAUUUUACCGGUAUAAUCCCAAUUCUUGUGAAAUUUGACAUUCAUUUUCUCGGACUCCCAUGAGAAAAAUUCUUUAGUGUUGCUGCAGAUGAUUUAAUUACACCUUUAGCCCUUGAAAAAUGUAAGAAAGAAAUAUGCAAUAUUCUGGUACAAGAUUUUUGUCCACUGAAAAUUAAAAUUACUCAAUUUCGUGAUGGAUGCCGUGUUAAUAACCUUGAUGUAAGCUUAAUGCUUUGAUCAUAUAUUUUCUUAUUUUCUAGUCCUUAUAAGCUGCAUUUUUUUCGUGUUUUGUAAGCGUGUUCAGGUGGAGUCAAAAUUGGCUUUAAUUGUUGCCAAACCCACUCACUGUGUGGUAGCAAUUUUGCAGAGAUGAGCCUUUAGACAACCUUUGAGGCUGCUAUUCCACCCUCUUGUCUUGCAAUUGCUGAUUCCUCUGUCAGCAAGAUCGUUAUCUGCCACUUGGAUACAUUGGAAUGUAGUUUCGCGCGUGUAAAGAGGGGUUGGUAUAAGGCAACACAUGACUUUUACCUUGUGCCAAAGUGCUGCUAUUGGGGCUGUUUACUUGUUGUAAACUUGCAAUUUUAUCUUGAAACUUUGUUACUGAAAUGAACAAAUGAUGCCCUAAAACUACCAGGUGUAGAUUAUGUUGUGAAUAACUGGGCACUAGCUGUGAUGUUAAAAGCUUUACCAUUGGCUUUCUCAAGCAUAUUGUUGUUGAAAGAGCUAAUCAUUAUCUCUGUUAAAAAAAUGAUAAAAACACCAAUCAGAUCAAUACAAAACCAAUCAAUUUUUAGCAAAAUUUGCUCAGAAAAUUCCCUAAGAAAACAAAACUGGAAGUAGCCCCACCGGGAUUUGAACCUGCACCCCAAACUCCUCCAGUGCAAAAAGUGCGACCUCAUACCACUGGUUCAUGCAACCACUGAACAGUGUAAUUCGUAAAAUUAAUAGUUUUAAAGUAUUGGUUCUCUGCCAUUCACACUGUUUGAACCUUGUGGAGCUGUCUUUAUCAUGAAUUCAAAGAUACAUUUGAGGAACAGUAGCUUAAACGAGUAUUUCAAAACUAUUUUGCAUUAUUUCCGCGUUUUCUCGGGCUUUAUAUAGGCUGUUGAUGAAUGCAGUGUGGUCUUCUUCGCUGCUCUCCCUGAAGUUCAGUUCCCUGUUCUUAGCCACUUGUCCAAUUGGGCACUGUUAUGUUCGCAGCCUGCUGCUUUUUGCCUCAGAAAUUCUUUGCGAUUCGCCAGGUGAUUUGCUAACGUACAGUGGAGGAUGAGCGCUAGUUGGUGGCCGUUUUGCCUGGAAACCCAAAAUGCAUGAUGCAUUUUUAGGUUCAGAGCCUCCCUCCAGUCUGAAUUUCCAGAGCUGUUAAGCCCCCCUCCCGAGAGAUUUUCCAGCAUGCCUUCCGUCGUGGGGGCGUGGAUUUUCUCUGGAAUAACCCAUUAUACCAUGGGAAUGGCUUAGGAAAUCACAAGAAGUCCUUACAUGUACAUAGCUUAAACAUUAUUUUGCUUUAACAUUAUAAUGAUAUGACCAAUAGCAGAGUGCAAAGAAAGUCAUUUUUAAAGGUUGCCAUUCGGGCAGGCUGAAGCUAGAAUAUACUAGCCCAAACGUCAUUUUAACUAGCACCAAAAACAUUUUGAUAGCAAAAUCCACUAGCCCUGGGCUAUCGGACACUACUGUCUUUGCACGCUGAAUAGUAAUCUUAGUCAGUGAUUCGGGAGUGAUUCGGGAGAGUCAAGGCAUGAUAAUUAUUAUAUGAAAAAGUGACAAAUUUAAAAACGUUGUUUUAAUUAAGAGUUACAUGAAAACCAUCAUAAUUUCACUUGUGUAAAGAAGAUCAAAUAAUGUGCAUUCCUUCAAUUAAAUGUACAAGAAUUGUAGGAGAACUUUCUAACUGGUCAAUUCCCCACCUGCUAAUUUCAUAUAUCUGCCAACUUGAAGUCUGAAGUGACAGCCCUGCACUGAAAAUGCCUUUUAGUUGCAUAAAUGGGUGACAAAGUACCUAACAAUAUUUUUUUGUUUGUUAUUUCAUUGCAACUCAUUUAUUCAUACCAUUGCAAUAAUUAUGUUAUAUACAUAUAGAAAUGAAACAAAACUCUAUCGACAUGUAUAGUGUGCUGUUGUGGGCAUUACUUUUAAUAUUAUUAUUGUCUGUGUUCAUUGAGAUUUAACAUCAUUAGCCUGUGUAUAAUUGGAAAUGUUCUCAGGAGCGUCUUGAGAGUGGUGCCACUUUGAUUAUUACUUUUUUGAUUGGCAUCUCCAUCAGUGAAACUGUAUAUUUACAGUGCAUGCAAGCAACUACAUCUGUCUACACCUCAGGUUCUUUAUUCACAAGCAAUUUCCACGUUUAUACUAACAUAAACUCAUUGCUUUUCAGGAAACCUUUCUGUCAGAUGAUGAAGGAUUUGUAGAGUUCUUUAAUGCAUUCUUAGCAUUACCUGUAAGUUUUUCCCACACUAAUUUUGUAUUACAUUAACUUGUGUCUGAGUCAUUCAAGUAUCUUAGGUUUACCACCAUUGUUACUCAGGUGCAUGGUUGUCCUUCUUAGGAGGCAAUGAGGCAUUUUUUCUUGGCUCGGCAGAUGGCCAUGGUACAUUCAAACAUGACCAGGAUUAAUUAUUAUAUUUAUGGUCUGAACCACAUAAUGUUGCUUCAACCUUGUUGUAACACUUACUCCUCAUUCUCAACAAUUUUGCCAAAUUAGACAGUUUGGGCAUACCUGUACCUCUUUUUCUGAGAUCUUUUUGUUAGCUGAGGUCAAUUUAAUAGAACUUUUUAAAAGAGAAGUGCAAUGAAAAAGUGUCGCCAUUGUUUUAGAGUCUGAAUACAGUAGCUGUACCAAUAAAUUUCACUUGUAAAAGUUUAUAUAUAACGGAGCUCUGGUCUUUUGCUCUUUCCUCCACCAGUGGCUCAAUUGGAAAUUUGGAAAUGAAAAUAAAAACUGGGUUAUUGUACCCCACACUGUUCAAAACAAAAAACAGUUGUAAUCUAUUCAUGUUGACCUUCAGCAGCAUGAUUGAAAUAAAAUUGUUGUUCUAAGGAGGUAUUAAACUGCUGUUUUUUUUAAAAAAAUAAUUAAAAUGAAAUCCGAGUUUUUGCCGAUCAACGGCGUGAUGAUGAUGAUGCCGUUGAUUGACAAAAGCUCUGAUUUAAUUUUUAUUUCUUUUUUUAAAAACAGCAGUUUCAUGCCUCAUUAGAACAUAUUUUUAUAAAAAAAUGGUUAAGAAAAUAAUUAAGAUUGGCUUUUUUUCCCCAUUCUCAUUCCAUCUCAGUUCCUCUUUCCUGUCCUGUUUUUUUCCGUCACCACUAGCUUUGUUACUUCAGAUAAUAAUUAUUAUUUUUCUCUCAUCCCUAGUAUGUUCAUCCAGCAAAAAAUACCUUUUGAAAAUAAAAUGUGUUUUCAGUGCUUUGCAGAACGGUUGUUCUAUAACAACGAGCUUGAAGUUUUUGAAGAAUUCAUUGAAAAAUUAGCAGAUGACGUGGGUAAAGGAGACGCCAAAAGCGCAUCACAGUUGCGUCAGUUUACACACUUCAAGGGAACCAUAUACAAUGUUGCUGACAAUCAAUCUCGUAUUGGUUACUACGUAACUGUUCUUGAUAAAGUUCAUGGGCUGGAAUUUGUUAAGAAACACAGACUACCCUUAUUUAUGAGAAGCGAGCUGUAUGCUGAAUUUAAACUUUCCAAACACUUGUCCGCCGUCCAGGUUAGUAGAUUAAAUUGUAAAGUAUCGUUUCAAAUGCAUAAGAUAGCAUUUGUAGAUUAAAGUAUAAGAUAUAUUUAAAUUGAGCAGGGCCGAGUUGUUCAAAGGCCGAUUAUCGCUUAACCCGGGUUUCUUUUUCUUGUGUUCAAAAGCAUUUUCUGGGAUAAUUCUCUCUGUUAUUUUUAGAGCUUCCAAUCAUCAACUUGUAGACAAAAAGAAUUAAAACUGAAAUGCGUUUUAAGCUUUCAAAUCUGGAUUCAAAUCUCGCACUAACCCUGGGUUAUCUGAACCCAGCUUUGAACAACUCAGCCCUGUUCUUCCAGGGGUUAUUGGUCAGCAAAAAACCUCAAAUACUUAUUAAAUAUAUAUCAACAUCACACAGAAAGUGCUGAGUGGGCAUAAAAAAGGCUUAAACCUCGUUAGCGUACGUGUAGCCGCAUCCUUCCCACCUCCGAAACAUAAUUUUGAAUUUGCCAUUGAUGUGUUGUAGGCACAUAGUUUACUAGUGAAGGCUGAUGUUGUUUGUCACAACGCUUCACAAAUAUAACGUGAAACUUUACCACUCAAAACAGUAAAGCGCAUGCUCUUUUUAGGCUACGUUCUGAUUUAUAAUCAAGAAGUCAAUUUCAAUUUUCACAUAACAUUUCUACAAUUAAAUGUGAUUAAAAUGUUCUGUAAAAACUGGUUUUUCCCUUACUUCCGGGUAUUUGCCUCGAGCUCCCGAUAACUGGAACUUUUUUCCAUUUCCCUUGAAGGUUCGAGUUAUCGGGAGUCGGCUUUAUCUUUUUAAAACCGCUCUCCAGAGUGGAGAUUUGUGAAAACGUCGUUUUGCCAACGUUUUGCCUGUAUUUCUGUGGAGUUUGUGGAUGGUGAAAACGAUUCACGGUCACGGUGUUGGAUCCAGUCUAUCCCGUGCACGAGAUUAGUAAAUGCGCAUGCUCCCGUUAACAUGAUCAAAGAUAGUACCGCUGUCACAGCGUUUUGGGCAUCCCCGCGUUUUGGGCAUCCCCAUUCCCAUAUCCCUAGCGUUUUGGGUAUCCCCUUCUCAUAUUACUGCAGCGUUUUGGGCAUCCCCCGGUACCCUCUCGGGAUGCCCAAAUCCCUAGCGUUUUGGGCAUCCCCUCCAAAACAAUUUGGGAUUUCGCGGAAAAAUCGAAAACCUUUUAGAGAUGGAUUCCGCUAAAUAUACAAAUCUGUUCCGGUAUCUUAAAAAUAAGGUUUAUCCGAAAGGCUUUACAAAGCAGGACAAAACAAUUCUUAGAAAAUUCGCCAAAAAGUUUGAGUAUGACUCAAAAUUAGAGUCCUUGUUCUACGUGGCCAAGGAGAAGGAUGGCACAGCGCUUCGACGUCUUGUUAUCGCCGAGGAAGAUAAAGCGAGGGUCUUCGAAGAGUGCCACUCUGCUCCUUUUUCUGGACACGCCGGCCGCGAUAACACUCUGAGGAAAAUCAAAGAGCGGUUUUACUGGCCUGGCUACUACAAGGACACGAUAGAAAUGGUUAGUUACAAAUGUUAUUUAUUUGCCAAUUGAUCGUGUUUUUAAAACACCCGCGUUGAUAAUCGAAAACAUACGCUAAAUUUCUUCUGUUUUCAGUCUUCUUUGAAAGGGUGAGGCAUAAUUGCAUCUUUUGGUAGGUUGUCAAAGGGCAUUGUAAACCGGAGUCCUUCUUAUAGAUCCCGUUUUACCGGAUUUUUCUAAAAAGCCUUCCUUUUUAGCUAUCACUGCUUGCAGGAUUUUUUUCUAGAUAUGCCUUUCCCUUGCACUGCAGGUUUUUUUUUUUUUUUUUUGGGGGGUUGUCACCCCACCUCCGGUUAUUUCUGACGAUUUGAGGCCUCUGUAAUUGUGUGACAGCCUUUCCUGUAUCAAGUAGCGCUGCGGGGUUACGUUGUACAGGCCUCAAAUGUCAUGAAUACUAUGAAUGCAACACCGCAAAACGCAGUUUUAUUCAUGUUUACCUUUUGAUUCCUUUGUUUAGUAUUCUUGGUUUUGGCUGUUUGGAAUCAGACGAUCGCAGCUGCUGGCGAUUGCUGCAUUGCUCGCUUGUAAACAGUUCUAUUAAAUAAAAUUGAAAGCUUUGCAAACAAUGAAGUGUUGUGCAUCGAAGCGAUGUUAUGCGGUUGUAAAUUUCAGUUUCGUCAUGUUUUGAGCCAACGUUUACUGCCUAUGGGUUUUUUUUCUGCGCAAUUAACCCGGCAAAAAGUGUCGGACGAUAUAAUUCUAACAUGCAUCUACAUUAUUUAGCCGUAAAUUCGUGAUUAACAAUCCCGACUUUUCCCCAGUCUGAAAUAAUUUAGGCAAAGUCGAAGUGAUCAGCGUUUUGGGCAUCCCCCACCGGGGAUGCCCAAAACGCUAGGGAUAUGGGAAUGGGGAUGCCCAAAACGCGGGGAUGCCCAAAACGCUGUGACACCGCUUUCAGUGACGAUUGCGUUUUCGCGUGGACAAGCAAAAACGGUUAAAACACCGGCAACUUGCAGACGCGGUUUUUUCAUUUGAAAGUGGAGAAAAAAAUCUCCCCUUUCAAACAAAAACGGAUAGGUGUGGACUUGGCCUCGGAGUAUGCAUGUUAUCUCCCCCACCUCAAAAUAUAACAUGACUCGAGAGUGAAGUAUAAGACUCUUUCUGUCUUUUUUUUAAGGAGUCAUUUUUCCGAGGUCUUUACUCCGAAAGCUCAGAUGAAGACAGUGGUGUUGAGGAACUAACAGUGGUUCGUCCUUUGACUCGGCGGCGAAGCGUCGUCAGUUUUAAUUUGAGUCCUUCAUUAGGUGGAGAUGAACAAUCCUCUGAAGAGGAAAAUGACAGGGACAGCGAAGAACACCUUUACUUACCAACUCACGUUCGAACUAUUGAAGAAACGUUUGAUGCUUGGCAUGAAUCAUUUACACGUUCAGACAGCCGUAUCAGUAUGUUCAGUUCUGGUGCUGGCUCGCCAUUCCCAAGAACACCCCAAAUCUUGGAGGAAGAAGAAGAAGAAGAAGGGGAAGUCACCCCGAAAUUUAUGAACGAAGAGGACGCCCUGGAGACUCAGUCAAGCUACAGUAUGUCAAGUGUUCAGGAAAGUGAAGUUUCGGUUGGGAACAAUUUUAGACCCGUCUCACGGAUGAGCUUUCUUAGUGAUGAUUUUGAGAAGACUUUAAAUGCGAAUGAGAUAUCUAGGGCUAGCUCCGCGUCCGCCAGUAGUGUCUCAAUGGCGAUGGAAACGGCCAGUCAGAAUAGCGUAGUCCACGAAGAGUUAAAUGUAGGGAAUGAAAACGAUGAGAAGUCCUUUGGGACAGACGAAAUGACGCGGAGUCUGUCUUCUGUGGUGAGUUUUAUUACGGAGCAUGGCCAAGUUUCAAGGAGUUCAUCAACUUUGGAGAACGUGGAUGGUGAAACAGUGCGGUACGAAGUGUCAUCAAAAGAAUGUGUAGAACACAAUGCUUCCAGUCCUCCAAGUGAGAGAGACGUGGAUGUUGUAUUGAGCAUCGAUGAACAAAAUUCGAACGCGCCUGGUGCCGUGGCGGUAGGAGGUGAAAACAUACGUAUGUCAGAAAGUGUUGUGGUUGCCAUGGGGAAAGAUGAUGUAUCGACCGUAGAGUCUGAAAAGAAUGCAAGUACGCUGAAUAUUGAUGUUGAUGAAGACAAUUUUUCCCCUGUUGGUGAUGACAAAGAUGAAGUUACAACACAAACGUCCGAUGGUGGAAAGAUACCAAGUAUAGUAGAGACUAUGUGCAGUGAUUAUGAGGACGGAGAGCUUACCAUCACUGGGACCUCUGUGGAUUCAGUCAAUGAAGAAAACAGCGAGACGGUUAGAGAGGUAGCGAGUGAAGAAUUGUCCCAAGCAAAUGAAGACAUGGAGGAGUCAUCGGUGAAUAGUGUAGCUGAAGGAAAAGAUAAAGAUGACGAGAAACAGGAGAAGGAGGUGUUUGGUGAUUUAAGCAAAGAAGAUUGUCUUCAUUGCCGGAGCAUUUCUCAAGGUAAAGAUGCAGUUCUGAUUGACGGUUUCCAUGACAGUUUAAACGAUGUUGAUGAUUCAGCGCAGUCCAAGCUGUUAGACCCAAGUUCUGAAACGUCAACGAUGUUAGCUGAUCAUUGCACCGAUCAGAAAGACUCGGAAAAAGAGAGUUUGGCUCACCAAGAUAUACCAACGGAACUGGAUGGUAAAUCUGAAGCCGGGGCGCAAGAAAGCAAGUCUCUAGUAGAAGAAGAAAGCGAAAAAAAAGUAGCCAAUAAACCUGACUCAACUGAGCCCCCGAUUUCCUCCGAACAUUGUGAAUCACAGGAAUCCCAGUCAGUUACUGAGCCACAGGACGCACCGGAAGACGAAAACGAUUCUCAGGACGAAUCUGAAAGUAAAAAUGAAGGCAACGACGAGGAUGAUGAAGGAGGGUACACAACGGAAGCAAGCGCCACAACUCUGCAAGGAAUUCGUGGCGUUUUGGGCCGUCGACGGCUAACACGCUGCAGCACAGCGGCCACGUCGAUAGGAUUGGAUAUCGACGAUGAAUCCGCUUUCAGUGAAGACGGAUUCGAUGCUGAGGAAAAACCUUAUGAUUUAGCAACAAAGGAUGGUUUGGAAGCUUUUAAACAGUUUCUUUUGGAUACAAGCGGUGAAAAAAUGUUGCAGUUCUGGUUAGAAGUUGAGUGUGGAAGACACUUGGACGAUCAUGGCCAAAAGAACAGGUGGGUGCAGUUGCGCCGCCUUCAAAAAACACUUUCAAAAUUUCUUCUUUAUCAACCUUUAAAGCUGCAAUUAAGCAAUUAAAAAAAAUCGCAAGAAAUGUUUGAGCUAGAACCACGAGAUGGAAGGCAACAUAGUUUUAAGCAAAACGCGAGACUCGCGCACUUCUCAGUCUCACAUAGUAUCCCUUAUGUUUCUUUUAUAGCCUACGUUUCGAGCGUUUCCAAACGAGUUAUUGGGUGAAAGUUAGAGCUAGAGCAAAAUAUUACUCUUUUUUUACUCUUGUCCCAACUUGCUCGACGAGCUUGCGUGGAAACGCUUGCUAUGCAGUCUAUUUCUUUUAUUUCGUGAAAACGAGUAGUUUUCGCGAUUCGGUAGAAAAUGACUUAAGUUCACGAAAAUCUUGCAGAUGGGGACAAUAAGGUUUUCAAUGAAUCGAUACUAAAACCUUUAUCUAGCAUGCAUUUAAAAACCAUGUAUUUUUCCACAAUACUGGCUUUAUUUGUAGAUCCUUAAGUUAUCAUUACGGCAGUCAUACUUUAACGCACGUAACACUACUGUUACAAUAUGAAGUUGCUAAAACAGUGGUGCUUGUAUUUGUUAGGCUGGUGCAGAAUAUACGCGACAGGUAUUGGAAAAGUGGAGGGAUUUACGAGUUCUCUGCUGCAACUAAAACAAGAUUAAAAAUGUUAGACGCGUCACUGUUAACCUUCAACAGUUUGUUUGCUGUUCAACCUGAUGUUCUUGAGCCUUUGUUAAGUUAUUGGUAAGUUUAUUUGACAUUGGUGAAGUACAGAAAAUGGAGCAGUUGUGAUUGCAUACUUCCUCAGUUAUUUCCUAAUACAAUUUACCUGUUUACAGGAGUAUCCGAUUCACCAUGCACCAACAACGUCGUUCUGUUUCCCGCGACCUGGAAUACACAAGACUUGCUAAAGAAAGACCCAAGUCUUGCAUGAAACGCGAAAGCGCCCUUUCAAACCUGCCUCAAGUUCCUGCUCAUACGGGCUUGGCCCAGGUGCACUCGGACAAGCUAACUACCAGGCCCCAGAGCAGUACCGUCAAGAAAACUACCCAGCACCAGACUUCCAGGCCUCAAUUGCGUGCCAAGUCCGCGCAUCCUAGGCUUCUGCAAGCCAAUAAAUGCAUCCAUACCAACGCCAGUACAAAGCAGUUGCAGGCAAGUAGUAAAGGAGCUCUGUCAUGAUUGUCUCGUUCAUUUUGUUGGUAAUGAGCUUACGCAACAUGACGGAAGAAAGAAGAGGACAGUAAAACGUUUAUGUCUGACAAAUAUGACAGGGCUAUUAUUUCUGUGUUUUGUCAUGAUCUUCACGUAAUAUCAUUAUGUUCUGGUCUUUUACAAAACGAUCUGUUUAAACGAGCUGUGUCGCCAAUUUUGAAAACUCGGGUCGUUGUGCGUUUCUGGGAAGCUGCCCACCUACCCCUCUCCUAAGCCAACAUUAACACUUACUUCUCACUUGGUUAGGAAUUGCCACCAAAACUUAGUGAGCAUUAAAAAUAAUCGCUCAAAACUUUAAAAGAAGGCAUCAAUAACACAGCAAAUACAAAAGUAGGUACGGAUGGACAAACUAGAAGAAGAUUGAAACUUGUAUAAUUUCGACUUUCUGGAACUUUUACUUUAAAAUUCUUCAUUUUUUGUCACAUUAAACAGCAUGGCGUUAUUAAUCCAAAUUCGUUUCUUAUUACUUAACUUUUAAUUUAAAAUGUCGCUCUAACCGCGAAUCCCAUUCAUUUAAUGAAACGUUCUUGUAUCAUGUAUUUGUUCGUUUGCUUAUUGAUUGAUUGAUUGAUUUAUCUGUUAUUUAUUAGUACAUCCUUGAACCAUGGAAAACUGGUUAUGGAUUUGAGCAGCCUCCUGGGCCUACCUUCCCAGUCGAACCUGAGCCAGACUACCUACCCUCUGUCAGGCUAUUUAUCAAUCCUAUUCUGUCACUGGCUGAUUUAACGCCUCAAUCCUUUUCGUGGGCAUUUCCCCCAGACUUUCUGAUAAAGUAAGAUUCACCGCGAAUGAUGAGGUAAUCUUUAAUCUUUAAUCUUUAAUCACAGUUCGUAACCAUGAACAAUAACGGACGGUUCCAAAUUCCCAUGGAAACCUUCCAAAAAAGAAAAAAGAAAAAAAAAAAAAAUAAUUAAUUAAAUUAAAAGACUAUAAAUUAAACUAUAAAUUACAAACCUAGAUGCCUAAUAAUAAUGAUGCAUAAACUUAUAUUAAAGACACUAUGCCUAAUAUUUUAAGGUAAAUUAUGAGCGAAGGUACUUAAUCAGUGAAACUUUAAAAGACUGAAGGCUAGGAGAUGACAUUACUUCAGAAGGCAAAGAGUUCCAAUCAUUAAUAUAUCUAUGAAAAAAUGAAUAUUUAAAAUAAUUUGUACGGGCAACUUUAGGCCUUAUUUUAUACUCAUGCUUACUUCUAGUUCGAGUUAUUCCAAUAAUAUCAAAGUAAUGAUGGCAAUUGAUAUCACAGUAACCAAAUAUAAUCUUAUACGUUUGAACUAGGCUAAGAUUUUCCGUCUCAGUUCUAAAGAGUCCCAUUUUAACUCUAAAAGUCUUUCAGGAUAUUCUUUGUCGGGGCCACAUAUUAGUCGGGACGCUCUUCUCUGAAUUGCUUCGAUUGCCUUGGUGUGUUUCACCAGAUAAGGAUUCCAGACUGGGCAGGCGUACUGAGGAUAGGUAUCACUAGCGCCUUAAAAGCUGUCUUGAUACCAGUCUUGUUUGAAUAACCAAAUGUCCUUUUAAUCAAGCCCAACACCUUGUUAGCUUUAGCACAAAUUGAGUUAAUGUGAUAAUCCCAUGAUAAAGACGACUCCAACCAAACUCCCAGGUGUUUGUGGUGGUCCACUUCCGGUAGUAAGAUGUUAUUCAACGAAUAUUGACAUCUUAUUGGAUCAUUCUUCCGUGUAAUGUGUAGGACUUCGCACUUCUCGGUCUUAAGAGUAACAAGCCAACUCUUGCACCAUUCAGAGGUAGAUGUCAAAUCCUCUUGAAGUAGAUCGCAAUCCGAUCUAUUUUCUAUGUGUCGAUGAAGGACAGUAUCGUCAGCAAACAAAUCUGAGUUGCAGAGAAGUACUUUAAAAGCUAAGGUUGCUUCUUUUACUUUUAGAAGCUUACAAUAUUACCAAUACAUUGUUAAUUUACUUUCUGCAAGAUUACGAAAAAAAGUCUUGGUGUUUGAAAACUAAAACAGGCACCAUUUGCCGGCAUAAUUUUACCCGCGCACAAAGUGUUUUCAGCGAAAAGAGAAAAUUUAUUUUGAGAAAAAUGACUCAAUAGUUAAAUUAAGUAACUAUUUUAAACAUCCUUGGCCAUGUUUCCACUAUGAAUAAAAUUCCAGAAACCAAAUCGAGAAAAGGCCUUUUACGUUUGACGGCGGUGGAAUUAGAAAUGCGGCUGUACAAUAUCGCCAUAGGUUUCUCAGUCCGUCCGCUGAUUGAUAUCACAACCCGGUUGCUGACCUGGUUUUUGUAGAGUAUGGUCGCCAUGACAGGCAUCAUUGCAUUCGUCAUUUUAAGAGCGCGCAAAUCCAAACUCUUUUUUGGUCGGCAAUGAUUUCCUUGAGUUCAACACAACCUGUGACGUUGAUGAAAAUUUCACUACGAGGUGUUGCACAGUCAUCGUCCCGUGUUUUUUGUCUUUUAGAACGCUUCAUCGCACAACUUUGUUGCCACCUAG